GCCCAGCCCACUUCCUUCUUUGGCCUUUUUAGAGCUUGGGGGCGAGGAAGAGGGGAUUAGAGCGGCUUUUUGCUCUGCAGUGGUUCUUCUGCUGUCGCUCGGCGAAGAGCAUCAUCAGAGGCGGGUGGAGUCAGGUUCCGAUCGCGGUCUGUUUCAACCAUGAUCGGAAUCUUUGAUUGGAAGAAGUCAGGAUCAAUAUGAGCCUUUUGUUGAGGGCAUUUCUCUGUGCUAGGAACUCAGUUUGCUUAACAUUCCUUCUUCCAAGGCAGGAACCCCUCCUGGUGCUUGUAAUCUGGUGGUAGGGAUUGCUAAUAGGGAAGUCUCCGAAGCCCAAUAAUCUGCAAUUCCCAGGAUUCAGGAGGAGAAGCUAUGAUGGGUACCGUGGGAGAAAUCGACACUCAUGCUGAACGGUAGCGACUUACUCUUAAUCAAUCUAUUCAUUCAAACAAGCCUCUGUCUCAACAAAUGGGCACAUAUUUUGUACGUGUGUGCUUUGCCGUGGGCGGAGUAUCCACUCUUCAGCAAACAGAGGGUUAGGUUUCUCAGCAGCUGGGAGCUCCGGUCCUCUCCGGCUCAGCCAAUCAACCAGAACUGCGAACUAAAUCGAUCCAGCGACUGGGUAUUGUGUUGCCAUGGAACACCCUGUCAAAAGCCUCCAUAAAGAAGCCACUUGCUCCGUUUGCCUGGAAUAUUUCCAAGACCCGGUCUCCAUCCCUUGUGGCCACAGCUUCUGCCGGGCAUGCAUCACCCAGUGCUGGAAGGAACGGAAUACAAAUUUCUCCUGUCCUCAGUGCAGAGAAGUUGCUUUGCAGAGAAAUUUCAGGCCCAACAGGGAGCUGGGGAAUGUCGUGGAAAUAACCAAGCGGCUGAGCGUACAUGCUUUGGAAGCGGCAGGAGGGGAAUUGGUUUGUGAGAAACAUCACGAAGCUCUGAAACUAUUUUGCAGUGAGGAAGAAAGUCUCAUCUGUUACAUCUGCAGGGAGUCCCGAGCUCACAGGAGUCACUCUGUAUUUCCCUUAGAGGAAGCUGCCCAGGAUUAUAAGGAAAAAAUCUGGAACCAGCUGCAGAGCUUGAAGGAUGAGAGAGAGAAACUUGUGGUAUUAAAGCUGGCUGGAGAGCAUAGACAUCAGGAAUAUCUGAGACAAACAGAAGCCGAGAGGCAGAAGACCGUGUUGGAAUUUGAGCAACUGCGCCACUUUCUGGAGGAACAGGAAAGACUCCUGCUGGCUCAGCUGAAUGAAAUGGAGAGAGAGAUGGUUAAGCACCAGAAGGAGCAUAACACCAAAUUUUCUGAUGAGAUUGUCUCUCUCAGUGACCUGAUUGAAAAGGUAGAAGAAAAGUAUGGCCAGCCAGACAGUGAAUUUCUGCAGGAUAUCAGAGGAACCUUGUGCAGGUUUGUUAAGGAGCCCUUUCAGCCACCAGAGGAGAUGCCAGUUAAAGUGGAAAAGAGACUAGAUGAAUUCUGUGAGAAAAAUACUGUUCUCGCAGAAAUCCUGAAGAAUCUCAGAGAUACUCUGCCGUCAGAACUGGGAACAGAAUGGGUCAAUGUAACUCUCGACCCAGACACAGCAAAUCCUCAAGUCGUCAUUUCUGCUGAUCGAAAAAGCGCAAGAUGGGAUGUCACCCGGACUGAUGUGGCACAUAAUCCGAAGCGAUUUAAGUCCUCUUGCUGUGUGCUGGGUUCUGAAGGAUUCAUGUCUGGGAGACAUUACUGGGAAGUCAAUGUGGAAGAUGGAGGCAUCUGGGCUAUAGGGGUAGCCAGAGGCUCGGUGAGGAGGAAGACAGAGCUCAAACUGAACCCAGAGGAAGGGAUCUGGGCCUUGCAAGGGGAUUUUGGUCAAUACCAGGCUCUCACUACCCCUGUGACACCCCUCUCCCUCAGUUGCACUCCCAGAAGGAUUCGGGUGUCUGUGGACUACAAAAGAGGGCAGGUGGCAUUUUUAAAUGCUGACACAAAGGAUUCAGUCUUCACUUUUUCAUCAGCCUCAUUUUCUGGAGAGAGAAUCUUCCCUUUUUUUAAGGUACUGCUUGCCCAGCUGACCCUUGAUGGCUGAGGCAUACCUACCCAAGAGCGCUUAAGCAGAUCACUCUCCCCUUUAACUUCUGCCAGGAAGGGUAAAGGGGAGGAUUAUAGCCUCCCUUCCUGUGCAUGCUUAUGAAUGAAUCGAGGGUUGUAAUUUGUUUUAGCAGUUGCAAUUGCAGAACCAAAUUCACUCCGGAUUUAAAUAAUACAGAUCAUAAGGGUGUGAUUUUGUGCAUGUAACAUUAAGCAUUGUUGAUGCCAAAGUAGUCAAAUAACUCGAGUAAAUCUAGUCAGCUUGGCUUCAGUCAAAUACCAGGUGUGUGUGAUGCAUAUGGCUAACUUUGCUAGGGGAGGGCAGGAUUAUCCAGACAAAUAAUAAGAGGAGGAUUCUUCCUAAAUUCUCUUUUUAUUGGCAAGUUCAAAAACUAAACGUAUGAAAAAAGACAUUGACAUGCUUGAAAAUGCUGCCAAAAUAUUUCACUUAAUGUAGGUUGUAAAGGUCACAUUGAAAUCUAUUGAAAAACAUUACAAAAGUCUCAGACCUGCUUCAAAGCAGGCUACAGUCGGUGUCAAACGAAUAAAAAAGUAAGCUUCCAAAGCAAAAAGUAGUCCCAAACUCUCCAGUAAAACCCAGGAGGAAAAGCUGCCAUUUUCAAAGUCUCUGUGUUAGCUUUCCGCUUAGCUGUCUGCAUAGUUGUGUUCUUUGUGACUUUCUGUGAAGUUCUGUAGAUUUCUGUGUAUGAUCCCAAACACACUCUGGCAAUUAGACAGUUUCCCCUGUUUGUUGCAGAUGAACUCACUUUAUUAUUUUGACUUGGGCCUCUUUGCUGAAGGCUGAAAAACAGCUCACUGUCCUAGAGAAGUAGAGAUAACACCCAGAACAGCUUCAAGCUGCAGAAAAGUCUUGCUGCGUUAUGAGAGUGGGGGAAAUCACCAAAAUGACUCUUCAUGUUGGAGAAUAUGGCCAAAACUGAUAGGUCUGUGCAAUUUCGGAUUUGGAAAAUCAGAUUUUAUCCCAAAUUGCCCUAGGGGAAUAGCUGGGGAGGGGGGCCUGUGUUCACCCCUCUCCCCGACAGUCCCUCAGAGUGAGGGAGAUAACGAAGAAAAGAGGGAAGGGUGGAACUGGAGGGCCUUCAGGAACUGGGGGCCCUGGUUUCUUUGAACCCAUAUAGCUACACCCCUAAAUUGCCCAUACUCAGAAAACAUCUGUAAAAUCGGAAUCAAUCUUUUAAAUUGGAUUGGUAAAGGAAUUAAUUCCAAAAUAUUGAAGUUAAUUUUGGAAAUACUUCAGAAUUUUGGAACUAGCAAAAUGCAGUAGGGUUUCCCCCAUAGCAGUGAAUGAGGAAACUGGUAAAAGAAAUCACCAGAAUUCACUGGUUGGUCCUAGAGCCUUGAAAAUUGCCAUGCAUGUGGAGAAGGAAGUCAGGGUCACCUGUAGUGAAUUUGAAGAGACGUGGUCAAUCCCCUGAUUUUGGGGAAAUUUUUGUUUAAAAUGUCUAAAAAUGAAAUCUGUAGGGCUAUGUUCGAAUUGGUUUGGCGCCUCCUUAAGGAAGCGCUGAACCAGUUCAGGUGCAGGCAGUUGAACCUGUUUGGUGUGGCGGGGGUCGCUUCCUUUAAAAAACAGGUAAGCAGGACCUUACCUGCUCCUCGGCUACCCCAUUGCUUUUCCGGGCGCAGUGCUUUCCUUGCAGCCCCCAGCAGCCUGCUUGUGGUGUUGACAUGCACAUGGCCAUCAUGCAUGUGUAGCCUGCUGGGAGCUGCACUGCAGCCACGUGUGGGCUUCUGAACAGUGAGCACCAUGCUCUGAAAAAUGGUGGGGCAGUGGUUGAGUCAAUAAGGUCCUGCUUUUUAAAGGAACCAACCCCUGCCCGAGCCGUGGCUGUUCAUGUACAUCCCUAGAAAUCUGGCUUGUUUCAAGCCAGAACUUUACAAAAACUUCUGAAACUGAAGACCCUCCUUGGACCAUCAUUCCACCAGCAUGUGGAGGAAUCUACCACUUGCCGACAUUUGCCAUGAAAAGUGGGCCUGUAUCCAGCCUAAAAGUUGGCGGGGGCGGGGAGAAUCACAAAUGGGGUGGUGGGCCAGGUUAUACAGCUUUUUAAAAACAACUUGCAGCCUGUUGCACUUAUAUUGAAAUAGUGCAAAAGUCAACAGAAAUUGUAAUUUUCUAAAUGUCAUUAAUAAAUUCAAUAAAAUGGUUAAAAUAGUAAGUGGGUUUCCUUAAGCAAUUGCAUCAGGAGUAUGCUUAUCAUUUUAUAACCAAUAAAAAUCCACAUAAACUAAACCCAGACUAAAAGCAUGGCUGCUUGCUGUGAUCAGGGAAGGCCGUGGCCUUGUCCAGCGCACUGUUCUGUGUUCCACAGGGAGCAGCCAGAUAGCAGCUAGGACACCCACAAGCAGGAGGGUUAUGGACUCCCUUCUCCUGCUGCCUUCCUCCCCUUCCACUUGCAUGCAGUGAAUGGUAUAUUGCCUCUGAAUGAAACAUUACUAAUGAGUAAGGAGAUAUUUGCCAAACAACGUGCCUUAGGCAAGUUGCAAAUUUUCAUAGAGAGAAGAGCUUCAGAUCAGAUUUCUAACGCCAGUGUUGCAGCUAGAGGGAUAGAGAAACUUGUGGGGGUGGGGGCAGACUGUCACUCAGGGAGAAUGGGAAACUUAUUGAGUUGGAUGGAAACCCCCUGCCUAUACUGUAGGCCUGAUGAAAAAUGGUAACAGCAUGCCCCCGCCCCUUAUAUUUAUGAAAUCUGGCACACCCAUGAAGUCCACUUUGGUGGGAUUGUCACCCAGGGUUCAAUAAAGUGGCUAAAAAUCAUGUUCCUUAAUGUGUUUGGUUUUUUCAAGCAGAGGAGUGGGGAAGCUUAAGAAAAAUACAAAAGUUUAAACUUUCUAUGCUUGUAGCUUGUGUUCCUUUAAAUCUAAAGAGAGAAGUCUGAACUGGACGGUUUCAGGAGAGGACACUUGAGUGCCAGAGGGUAAUGGUCAACCAAGGAGAAUCUAUCAAAUAGCCUCAUGCUUCUCCUCCAAUCACUGUGCUGUGGGGGCGGGACACAGAUCCCUUUAUUAUUCUUGUGCAAUGAAUUUUUGUGUUAACAAUUGUAGCUGGUGGUAGUACUGGUUUUUGGCCAUUGCUUUUUUGCUUGCUUGUUGGUUGCAGUUUGCUUUCUUCUUGUCUUGUCUGGUUAUUCUUUAGGGUCCUUGACUUCAGAUUGUCUGUGCUCUAUGUGUGUUUGCUUGCUUUAUUUUAUUACUGUAGAUUUAUCUGCCACUUCCAUUUCCCCCUGUAGCUUGCUUGUUUGUUUGCAGUCUCUCCUCAAUUCCCCCCUUCUUAUCACCCCCACCCUUUUAAAUUUUCUUUUAAAUAAUUUUUGCUCUGUUCCUUGUGUCUCUCUGUUGAGUAUUGUGUUGUGUGCUAGGCAAAACACAUUUUCAAAUCCAAAUAAAAUUAUUUUUAUUCCCUCCCUAUUCACUUUAGAUUCCCAGUUCCCUUCACUAGUCUGUGCAGCAAAGCACCACACAAAGUCCCCCUGAAUACUAUCCAUAUUUUCUUCUUGUUCCUGCCUUACCUUCAGUCCUACAAUAUUAUAUUUGAGUUUCAUAUAUUAUAUUGUGAAUUUUUAUUUUUAUCAGUGACUAAACAGUUUAUUGCCAUCAUGUAUAAGGCAACAGCGUCAGGUAGAGCUCAGGGCUGGGGCAGAGGAUGAGGCAGCAGUGUGGCUUCAGUAAACCCCCCACCCCAACUCAGGUGCAACCUGUUCACUCUGGUAAGGGAGUGGAGGGAUUGGGUGAAGGAAAGGAUGUGGCAGGCUCCUCUGGAUCUCAAGCUCAGCCUAUGCUGCCACCAGUGGCAGCUGAAGAGGCAUACGUUAGCCCAUCUCCCCCUAGCACUUCUGCAUGGGCAGGCGUGGAACUUGCUGGGAGUGGGCAACGUCUUCACCAUUCACCUUGAGCCCUCCUAGCCAGUACGGUGGUUCCUCUUUGAGGUGAAGGAGGUCCCUGCACCUGCUGCUCCUUCUGUCCUGCAGGAGCAACAAGCAUCUCCUUGUGGGCAGAAGAGACUCAGAGUAGUGUGGACCACCUCUUGGUGAUGUUUGUGGAGUCCACCUUUGUCUUGUGCCAGAGGCUGCAGGGAGUGUCCAUGGGCCAGGUCCCUCUUCCUUCUCAGGCUUCUCCAAGGCCACCUCUCUGAUGAAGCUGCAGGUGAGCAGAGUAAGCAAGUGACUCUUGGGUAGAGGGUUGGGUGGCAGUCCAAGGGCUGUUGAUAUCACCUGCUGCAUCAGAGAUAUGUUGGCCAUGGAUGACCAGCCCUUUGCGGUGGUGGAGCCGGUUUCAGACACCUCAUGCAGUACUAUGUGCCCUCAUGCACAGCUUUAAGCUGCUGAGUGGUGCCAUCCUUGUACCACACAUGGGUUGAGGCAAGUCUGUAGGAGGCAGGCCCGCUGAGUGCGAUCCACCUCACAUCUGACAUCAGGACAAGUUGAGGUAGAGAGCAUUCCUACCUCUCCCUGACUGCCCACUAGUGGCAAUAUGAUAGCACGGCUCCAGGACCCUGAUCAUCUUGGUUGCUCUCUUCUACACCUUUUCCAGUUCUACAAUGCCCUUCUUAAGAUAUGGUUGCCAGAACUGUAAUACUCCAAAUGUGGCCAGUCUAUAGUUUUGUAUAAGGGCAUUAUAAUAUUAGCAGUUUUAUUUUCAACCCCUUUCCUAAUGAUCACUAGUGUGGAAUUGACCUUUUUCAUAGUUGCUGCUCAUUGAGUCGACACUUUCAGUGAGCUGUCCACCACGACCCCAAGAUCCCGAUUCUGGUCAGCCACUGACAGCUCAGAUCCCAUCAGCGUAUACUUGAAGUUGGGGUUUUUCACCCAAAUGUGCAUUACUUUACACUUGUCAACACUGAACCGCAUUUGACAUUUUGUCACCCACUCACCCAGUUUGGAGAGAUCCUUUUGGAGCUCUUCACAAUCUGUUUUGGAUUUUACUACCCAAAAGAGUUUGGUAUCAUCUGCAAAUUGGGUCACCUCGUUGCUUACCCCUGCUUCUAGAUCAUUUAUGAAUAAAUGAAAAAGCACCGGCCCCAGUACAGAUCCCUGGCGGACCCCACUUCUUACUUCCCUCCAUUGUGAAAACUCUCCAUUUAUACCUACCCUCUGUUUCCUGUCUUUCAACCAGUUGCAAUCCACACAUGUACUUGUCCCCUUAUCCCAUGACCACUAAGUUUCCUCAGGAGUCUUUGAUGAGGAACUUUGUCAAAAGCUUUUUGGAAGUCCAGGUAUACUAUGUCAAAUAGAUCACUUGUUGAUAGUGUCAAAGAACUCCAAAAGGUUUAUGAGGCAAGAUUUACCUUUGCAGAAGCUGUGCUGGUUCUCUCCCAGCAGGGCCUGUUCUAUGUGCUUUAUCAUUUUAUCCUUGAGGAUGCUUUCCUUCAAUUUGCCUGAAAUGGACAUUAAGCUAACCGGCCUGUAAUUUCCUGGAUCGCCCCUGGAUCCCUUUUUGAAAAUCUGUGUUACAUUUGCUACUUUCUAGUCCUCUGGUACAGAGCCUGACUGAAGGGAUACGUUAUAUAUAUUUUGUAAGGAGGCUGGCAGUUUACCAUUUGAGUUCUUUGAGGACUCUUGGAUGGUGAUUUGCUAGUUUUCAGUUUUUCCAUACAGUUCAGAACAUCAUCUUGUCACUUCUAUCUGACUCCGUUCUUUAGCCUCCAUCCCUAAAAAGCCUGGUUCAGGAACAGGUGUAUGCUCAGUGUCCUCUGCCAUGAAGACUGACGCAAAGAACUCAUUUAGUUUCUCUCCAACCUCCAUAAUCCCUUUCACUCCCUCAUUGUCUAAUGGUCCAACCACCUCCCUGGCAGGUUUCCUGCUUCUGAUGUACUUAAAGAAGUUUUUGUUAUUCCCCUUGAUAUUUUUAGUUAAAUGUUCCUCAAACUCUUUUCACCUCCCUUAUUGUCACCUUGCAUUUCUUUUGCCAGAGUUGAUGUUCCUUUUUGUUCUCUUCAUUUGGACAGGCCUUCUAAUUCCGGAAGGAAGAUUUCUUCUUUAUGGCUUCCUUGACGUUACCUGUUAGCCAUGCUGACAUCUUCCUGGACUUAGUGGUACCUUUCCUCCUUUUGGAUAUACAAUCUAACUGGGCUUCUAGUAUUGUGGUUUUGAGUAAACUCCAUGCACUCUGGAGCGAAGUGACUCUCCUGAUUUUCCCUUUCAACUUUUUUUUCACCGUACUCCUCAUUUUGGAGAAGCUUCCUCUUCUGAAAUUCAAAGUGUCUGUGUUAGACUUCCUUGGUGAUUCUCUCCCCGCAUGUAUGCUGAAUUUGAUUGCGCUAUUGUCACUCUUCCCUAAGGGAUCUAUGACACUGACAUCACGCACCAGGUCCUGGGUGCCACUCAAGAUUAAGUCCAAGGUCACCUUCUCUCUGGUUGGUUCCAAGACCAACUGUUCUAGGACACAGUCAUUCAGCAUAUCUAGAAAUUUGACCAGUCAUUACCUGACUGGUCAUUUACCCAGUCUAUUUGUGGGUAAUUGAAGUCACCCAUUAUUACAGCCCUGCCUCUCCUUGAUGCCUCCCUGAUUUCCUUCUGCAACUCCCAGUCACUGUCAGUGUUUUGAUCCAUGGAAGGGGUCCAUUCUAAUGGAGCUUUUCCCUCUUCCUCAGAUAGGCCCCCUUGGCUCCUUUCCUUCUUCUUCCCCCACUCUUUGUGUCUUUGCUGCAGCAGAACUAUAUAGACUGGAGAGGAGCAUUCUUGGCAUGCCCUAUUUACUCACUCCUUUGCAAAUAAUAUUAUUCACCAGCAGCUUGCCACUGUCAGGGAGGUAGGAGGGGAGUGCAAAAAGGCUAUUUACCAGCAAGUGGGGGCCUCCUCAUGGUCCCAGAGAUAUAUAUGCUCCCCCCCCCCCACCAUUCAGUUAUAGCUACACUUCUGCUGUGUAUAUUAGCAGGUAGUCUUGAGACACAGUAUUACAACACCAUGGUUUUGAAUAAUUACUGAUUUUUGAAUAAUUUUCAGUGGGCUUUUAGAAAUGAAGUGAACUUUUCAAAGCAGUUGUCAGAAAAGAAAAAAGAACCAGCAGCUUUUGAAGGGCAAGUAAAAAAUUACCAAAAGUUGAGAGUUAUUUCACUACAGUGGGAAGGAAGAGACCUGAUAUCAGAAUAGUCAGUCUGGCUCACAGCAGCCACAGACAUCCACCUCUCCUUAUAGCAUAGGUCAUACAGAUGUGAAUGUGAUUACUAUGCAUGAGAAUGCUACAAAGCCUGAAAUCCCAACAGAAGAAAAUAAAUGCACAAAUUCUGAUAAUGAUCUCUGGACAGGACCGGUGCUACCAUUAGGCCAACUAGGCAGCCGCCUAGGGUGCAGACCUCAGAGGGGCCCAGAGUGUAUCAAAUCAAUCAAAAUGAUUUGUGUGCCAAAAUAUUUUCUUUUAUAUUUGAGAAAGAUAAUCAAAAACUGAUGUAUUACCUAUCCUUGCAAUUUAAAAUAAAUUUAGCAGUUUCAA